CCUCAUCCCCUCCCAGGGCUUGGGAUAGAACCCAGGAGUCCUGGCUCCCAGCCCCCACACGCUAACCACUAGACUUCCCUCCUCUUGCCUCCCUGAGUUGGGAUAGAACCCAGGAGUCCUGACCACCACUCUCCCCCGGUGGGUGUAGAGGAAUCCAGAGCAGAGCUGCAGUGUGGAUUUACCGAUCCCCAUCCCAGUGCAAGCAGCGGACCGGAACAGGAGCUGGAUCCCUCAAGGGCUUCCCAAACCAGCACGAAGAUGUCAGCCCUGCUCCCCUGCAUCCUGGCCCUGAGCUGCCUCGCCCACAUAGGCUGGGGGGCAUAUUUCUUUCAGCAGCCCAUGGACCAGGUGAUCGUGGCAGGGCAGUCGGUGACGCUGGCCUGCGUGGUUGUGGGCUACCAGGGCAUGGUGCAGUGGACCAAGGAUGGCCUGGCGCUGGGUGGAGAGCGAGACCUGCCUGGCUGGUCCCGGUACUCCAUUGUCGGGGAUCCGGUGGCUGGGCAGCACAACCUGAGAAUUGAGUCUGCUGAGCUUGGUGACGACGCCGUGUACGAGUGCCAGGCUACGCAGGCUGCACUGCGCUCCCAGCGUGCCCAGCUCACGGUGCUCUUACCGCCCAAUGACCCCGUGAUCCAGAAUGGCCCCAUCGUCCGGGUCCAGGCCAGCGUGCCCUACAACCUGACUUGCCAGGUGUCUGGUGCCAAGCCUGCCCCUGAGAUCAGCUGGUACCGCAAUGGGCAGCUGCAAGACUCUGCCCUCUAUGCCAAGGCCCUGAUGGAGGAUGGGAAGCAGGCAACGGCUAUCAGCACCCUGCUUCUCACACCCAGCACCCAGGACAUGGGCAGCACCUACACCUGCCACGUCGCCAACCCGGCCGCACCUGUUGGCAAGCAGACCUCCAUCACCCUUGACGUGCUGUACCCCCCCACCGUGAUCCUCUCUGUCCAGCCACAGACUGUCGCAGAGGGGGGCAAGGUCAGCUUCCUCUGCACUGCCACUGCCAACCCCGAGGUGACCGGCUACCGGUGGGCGAAGGGCGGCGUGGUCAUCGCUGAGGCCAAUGGGGACAGCUACGAGGCCAGGGUGGAUCACUCCUUCUUCACCCAGCCUGUGUCCUGUGAGGUGGCCAACGUCGUGGGCAGCACCAAUGUCAGCACCUUGGUGGAUGUGCACUUUGGGCCCCUCCUGGUCUCCCAGCCCAAGCCCCUCACCGUGGAUGUCGGGGCCGAUGCCUCUUUCACCUGCACCUGGGCUGGGAACCCGCCCCUCACUCUGGCCUGGACCAAGAAGGAAUCUGGUGUGGUGCUGAGCAAUGGCAACACCCUGCACCUAAAGACCGUGACGCAGGAGGAUGCUGGCACCUAUGUGUGCAAGGCUAUCGUGCCACGCAUCGGUGCGGCUGACAAGGAGGUGACGCUGGCGGUCAACGGGCCCCCUAUCAUUACCACGGAGUCCAGCCAGCAGACGGUGCUGGGGGACAAGGCACGGCUGGAGUGUCUAGUGAGGAGCACCCCCCCUCCUGACCGCAUUGUGUGGGCAUGGGGAGAGCGGGUGCUGGACAGCGGCUCAGAGCAGCGCUUCACGGUGGACACGGCGCUGACGGAGCAGGGGGUGCUCUCGGCCCUGCUCAUCCAGCCCACGCACCUGGAGGACUUCGCCCAGCCCUACAACUGCACGGCCUGGAACCGUUUCGGGGCCCGCUCAGCAGCCGUCACACUGCGCCGGCAGGAGGUCCUGCCCAUCAUGAUAAUCGGGGCCUCGGCCGCGGCUGCCGUCACCCUGCUGCUGGUCUUGGUCGUUGGCGUGUCUGUCUGCUGCCUGCGCUGGUGCCACAGGAAAGCAGCCAAACAAGGCACCAAGCUCUCCAAGACGGAUGUCCUGGUGCAGAUCACCGCGAGUGACAGCAGCCCCAGCCGGCCCAGCGAUACAGAGGAAGAUGUCAAGGAGCCCAUGGCCACGAGCAGCGAGUCCCCAGCCACGUCGCACACGGAGCACAGCGAGAUCCUGGAGGAGGAAGAGGGCAGCCAGGACAUCAAGGACCCCACCAACGGUUACUACAAGGUCCGUGCUCACGAGGAGCCCCACCUGUCUGGCAGUUUCUCAGAGUAUGCCCCAGCCCCGCGCCCCCUCUGUGCCGGGUCCCAUGCUGUCAUGUUCCCUCCCUCAGGGCAGCCCUACAGCCAUCGCUAUACGCUGGGAGCACCCAGCUCCCGCAUAGCCUACGAGCCCCACUACCCACAGGAUGCGGUUUACGGAGGGGGCUACCUCACGGCCCCCUACACCCGGGCCUUCACCAGCUACGUCAAGCCCAGUGCCUACGAGAAAGCAGAGAACGGCUACGAACACUCGGACCAGGCCAGCAGGGUGUCGGGCGGCUCCCGCUUCUCCUACACCUCCCUCUCGCAACAGUCAGACUACGGGCGGCCCGCCCAGCAGCGCAUGCAGACACAUGUGUGACUCUUCCUCCCCAACACACAUCAAGCCAUUGGGGGACAGACACCCAGGGUCGUCCCUGUUGUGGGAGGGGGUUGGUGUAGGUUCAGCUUAGCCAGCUGUCUCAAAAUGGCCGACAGGCUAGCUGACUUGUGCUGCUGGAGGUGGAGAGGAGUGGCUAUCGGCUGGGGGAAGGUGUUCAGAAUGGCUGUCUCCCCAGCUGACUUUUUCCUCCUAGAGGCGGGGAUGAGUGGCUAUUGGCUGGGAGUAGGAAUCAAGGGAUGGAUUCAAAAUGGCUGACAAAGGGGGUUCAAAACAUCCCUGUUGACUUCCUCUGUUGGACCUGGGGAUGGGUUUGCACUGGAUAGGGAAGAAGUCACAAGGUUAGAUACACUAAUGGCCAUCAAAAAUGGGCUCAAAAUGGCCAUUGAGUUGGGUUCCAGCUGGC